AUGGCCCCACAGCGCAGCGCAGCGAGGCAAGGCGAGGCCCGGCCCAGCCAGGUGGAUUUCAAAUGGGACUGCUGCCCGGUGGACGCAAUUCAAGAGUGCGCAUUGGUUACCGUGGAAGCGCUGGGCCCGCACCCGAUCACAAAUCCACGCGCUGCCAGUCCAAGUCCACUCCUUCUCACCUCUCCGUCGCCACCUACACCUCCAUCCCCUCACCUCUUCUUUACGAUUAGGUUAGCCAUCAUCACCAUGGCCAACUUGUUCAACAGUGCGCGAACUGCGUUCCGCGCAGCCGUCAACGGCUCGGCCGCCUCGGUAGGUAUCCAGUCGCACCAGCAGCCCAUGCCUUCGUCUCGCCGCAUUUCCGACCAUUCGCACACCCCGACAGCCGUAACCACUGGCACAAUCAUCAGCAUUCGACUCCAUCUCAUUGAGCCAGCAACUGCAUCGCCGCCCGACCACCGCGCUCGGCAAUCGCAAUGUUCCUCCGCACAGAAUGGCGCCACCGACGCGCCUCCCUCUCGUCGAUCCAUUCGACUCGUCAUCAUCUUCACCAUGGCCCGUCGAGAUGGAAUUAGCAAGACUGGAAGGCUUGAUAGUACCCUCGCCGGACACGCCGACGGGACCCACCGCACCGACACGGCGUAUCUGAACAGCGGCGUCCGCAAUGCCUCGACACACGCUGCCCCCAACGCCUCGCAGUCGUUCCUGACCUCGCGAUCGUCGGCCAUCGCCGCCACCGCCGUCGCCGCCGGCUCGGUCGCCUGGUACAGCCACCUGUACGGCACGCUGCCCUUCCUGGACACUGCCAGCGCCAACAUGGCCGACGAGGGUCUUCACCCACCCAAGUACCCCUGGUCGCACUCGGGUGUCUUUGAGACUUUCGACCACGCCUCGAUCCGACGUGGCUACCAGGUGUACCGCGAGGUCUGCUCGUCGUGCCACUCGCUCGACCGCAUCGCCUGGCGCAACCUCGUGGGUCAGUCCCACACCGUCGACGAGGCCAAGGCCAUGGCCGAGGAGGUCGAGUACGAGGACGGCCCCGACGACGAGGGCUCCAUGUUCCAGCGUCCCGGCAAGCUCGCCGACUACAUGCCGCGCCCUUACGCCAACGACGAGGCUGCUCGCGCUGCCAACGCCGGUGCGCUGCCGCCCGAUCUCAGCCUGAUGGUCAAGGCGCGUCACGGCGGUGCCGACUACAUCUUUGCGCUGCUCACCGGCUACACCGACCCUCCGGCGGGCGUCAAGGUGCAGGACGGCCUGAACUACAACUCGUACUUCCCCGGCACCCAGAUCGCCAUGGCGCGCGUGCUGUACGACGGUCUUGUCGACUACGAGGACGGCACGCCCGCCACCACGUCGCAGAUGGCCAAGGACGUGGUGACGUUCCUGCACUUCUGCGCUGAGCCCGAGCACGACACGCGCAAGAAGAUGGGCAUGCAGGCGGUGAUUGUGCUCUCGUCACUCACCGCGCUCUCGCUCUGGGUCAAGCGCUUCAAGUGGGCAGGCAUCAAGAGCCGCAAGAUCAUUUACAACCCGCCCUCGGCUCACUAA